CUCUCGAGCCGCAGUCGAAACUGGAUCCUUCGCGCACCGUUCGACCUCUCUCUCACCAUUGCGACGGGGGUAGACUCGUCAUUUCCGAUCGACACCGGAUAUCAGCGCGGUGUCGAUCCUGAUAGAGCGAAACGUCCGUUUCGCGAGCGAUUCGCGAUGGAACAAGCCUCGUAGAACGCGAAGGAUCCCGCACGUGCCCGAAGAUCGCGAGGAAACUCUCGCGAGUUCGCUCCCUUUUGCCGGGUCGCACUCGGCGCGACUUUUAAUUUCUCUGACGAACGGAGGCAAACUUCGCGAUCGCGAAUCUCCGUCAAAAUGUACGGGAUGCUGUUGGAAAGUGUGCAGUAUUUCGUGCAGUUAGAGUUUGGCGAAGAGGUGUGGCUUCACAUCCUGGAAAAAAGUGAUUGCAAACACAUGGUUUUUAACACGAGACAAAUAUACUCAGAUGAGCUAAUGACCAAUCUGGCUACGGCUCUUGCCGCAUAUACCGGUGACUCCAUGGAUAACAUCAUGCAAUUUUUUGGAAACUGCUUUGUCAGAUUUUUCAGUAAUUUAGGAUACGAUUGCACAAUCAAAGCAACCGGACGUUACUUUUGCGACUUUUUACAAAGCGUUGACAAUAUUCACAUGCAAAUGAGGUUUACAUAUCCAAAAAUGAAGAGUCCCUCGAUGUACACGACACACGUAGAUCCGCAGGGUGUUGUUUUAAUUUACAGGAGCACUCGACAAGGCUUUACGCAUUAUCUCAUGGGGCAAUUAUUUCAGAUAGCGAAAGACCUAUACAAUACAGAUCUCAAUAUUAGAGUAUUAGAAAGUUCAAAUAACAUUCCGGGAUCCCGUAACGUAAUGGUCAAGUUUCGCAUCGAUUUCGAUAAUCGCCAAUAUAUCGCGAAGAACAACAACAUGAAAACUCCGUUGGCUCGCGAAUUGUCACCCGUUUCCUGCAUGUUCUUCUUGCGCCUCUUUCCAUUUGGCGUCGUGAUGAACAAGGAUAUGCGAAUUCUAGGAGCGGGCGACAAACUUCUUCAGGCAUGGGGCGGCACCAUGUCGAUUUUAAAUAGGCCCGUUACGGAAAUCUUCAAAUUAAGAAGGCCGAAGGGAAUCUCGUUUACGUGGGGAAACGUAAUAUGUUUACAUUCGGUGAUAUUCGAGUUGGAGCUUAUUAGGGCGAACGAUUCUCACACCACGAUGAAUUCUGACAACACACCAAGCACAAGUACUGGUUUAGAUAGACGGGGAAGCCAGGGUGCGAGGAGCAUCUUGCUGAAGGGUCAGAUGAGAUACAUUGAAGAUAUUAAAGCGAUUAUAUUUUUCUGCAGUCCCUUAAUCAACAGUCUAGACGAGCUUCUUAACAUGGGUCUGUAUCUGAACGAUCUGAAUCCUCACGGUAUGAGUAAAGAACUAGUACUGGCGGGAUGGCAACAUUGCGGGAGAUUGGAAAUGAUGUUCGAGAGGGCGGAGCAGAGAUCGACGGAGCUGGAGAACAGCUACGCGUUGCUGGACCGCUGGAAGAACAAGAGCGACGAACUUCUGUAUUCCAUGAUUCCGCAAACGGUGGCGGAUCGAUUGCGAGCAGGUGCCAGUUCGUUGAGCACGUGCGAGUCGUUUGAGUCGAUAACGGUUCUUUUUUGCGAAUUAUGCGAUUUCGAUUACUCCACUAUUGAAGCAGCCAUGGACAUCGUCCUCUCGAUGAACGCCGUUUACUCGUGCUUCGAUACGCUGAUGGACCAGUUUAACGUGUACAAAGUGGAGACCGUUGGUCGUGUAUACAUGGCAGCCAGUGGGGCGCCGGACAGGAACGAGAAUCACGCGCAGAACAUUGCCGACGUUUCCCUGCAGCUGAUCAAGCACGUGCGAUCCCUGAAAUUACCGUCUGGAUUGGAUAUACGUAUCCGUAUAGGAAUUCAUUCCGGACCAGCGGUAGCCGGCGUGGUGGGCAUCAAAAUGCCAAGGUACUGUUUUUUUGGUGAUACCGUCAACACCGCUUCGAGAAUGCAGACGACCAGUCUGCCGGGGAAGGUGCACAUUUCCUCCAGUACUAAGGCUCUGUUACCUAAGGGUCGUUAUCGUACUGAAUCGCGCGGCGUUGUGUGGGUGAAGACGUUCCUGAACAACAGACGAAAUUUGCCUGCCUCGAAUGCUCAGGUGCACUACAACAUCACGAAUGCCGAAGUCAACGACCGCCCAGGGAUAGACGAGGUGUCUUACAUUGAUUUCGAUCCUACGUCUACAUUCCCCUUGGAGAAACCAAACUUCUGCAACGACUGCGUCUGCGGGCUUGGGCGGAAGACGAGGAUUGUUGGCGGUAACGUGACGAGCGUCUACGAGUAUCCCUGGCUAGUUAGCAUGACUAAGAAAGGUACCUUCUACUGCGCCGGCAGUGUAAUAUCACGGCGACACGUUCUCACGGCAGCCCAUUGUCUGCAAGGAUUCGACAUCAAAACCAUCAGACUCGUCUUGGCGGACAGCGAGCGUUCUCCAACCGGUAGCGGUGCCAUAGUUCGACGUAUUAAGUUGGCGAGGAUCCACGAAGAUUUUCACACGUACAAUUUCAAUAACGACAUCGCGAUCAUAGAGAUGGAUCAACCCGUGAGCGUGGAUGGCGUUGUGCGAACAGCGUGUCUGCCCGAAGACAAAGCCAUUGAUUAUACCGGAUCAAUCGCAAUCGCGGUCGGAUGGGGUCGUACAGGAGAGACGAAGCCGUUAAGUGAUGAAUUACGUAAAGUCAAUUUACCGAUUCUGUCGCAAGAGGAAUGCGAUCAAGCUGGAUACGCGGAGAAUCGCAUUAUGCAUGACAAGAUGCUUUGCGCUGGCUAUCUCAAUGGCGAACGCGACGCCUGUUUUGGUGACAGCGGUGGUCCACUUCACGUUCGAAGGAGUUACGGGCAUCUUGAAGUAGUAGGUAUUAUUUCUUGGGGACGUGGUUGUGCCAGACCAAAUUUCCCUGGCAUAUAUACCAAAUUGACAAAUUACAUCGACUGGAUUAAGGAACACAUGGACGGCGAAUGCGUCUGCCCCCCGCCACAUUCACAAUAGAGUCAGUAAUGUUUUAUCACUAAUUACUAAUCAUUAUCUUCACAAAA